AAAACAAUUUCACCACUAUUCCCACUGUGUUGAGCUUGUUUAUUAAUUAUGGCAAACUGGCAUCUCUUAUCAGCUGACUUUAUUUACAUUUGAAAAUGGAAUCUGAUGGAAGCAAAAUUACCAAACCAAAACGUGUACGCAAAGCACCGUACAGGAAAUGGAGCAAUGAGGAGCAACAGAAAUUAAUUACCUACAUGCGAGACAACCGUCCGAUUGAAAAGCCGACAGCACAGGUGUAUUACAAACAAUUUUCAGAAACACAAAAUCUGCGGUUGGAUUGGUCUUUAGUGAGGCUAAAGGCAAGGCACUUGCGCCAAUGCUAUACAAAAGCACGAGCUUGGCAGAAUUCGACCGGAGCAGGUGCCAUGCAAGACGGCGAAUCAACAGAAAGUAAUUUGAAAAUAAAUUGUUUGGUAUAAAAUUAUAAUCUAUAUAUAUAUAAAAAUCAAUGCCACUUUCUUUGUAAUUUCAUCACUCAUA